AUGGAUAUAUUAAAUAUGACACAGGUCUAUUUCUAGGAUUUGAUUAUGAAAUUGCUAGCUUUAAUUGUUAAAAUGGAUUUUCAAAAACCUCAACAAUUCAAUUCUCUGGGACUUUUGAGAAUAUACCUUAAGUUUUUUUUUAUAUAGAGAGAUUAGAUUGGAGCAAAGCACAAUUAAAAUUUACUUUAUCAAUCACAACAAUAACAACGAUUAGUAAUUAAAGUGUUUUUAAUAGGUUUCACAUUAACAAUUAGUUGUUCUAAUAACAAGGUUUAUGCAAAUUAAUUAAGAUGGUUUGCUAUAGAUGAUAAACGUAUUGAAGUACUUAAUAACUUUAAUAUGGUGAACCCUGAUGAUAAAACAUUUUCAAUUUAGAAUCCCAACGCCUUGUAUGGAUUUAUAACAGUUACUAGCAUUCACUAUACAGGUCCAAUCGAUUUUACAUUAUCAGUAAAUGUAGUUUAAUAAACUCUAGAUGAAUUCAAUCACACCUAACUCUGUAACUAUUGGUAUCACAAAAGUUGCAGGAAAAUUUUCUAAUCUAAAAUAAAUUGGUUAUUAGGUAGUUGUUGGAGUUGAGGAAGCCUUUAUUAAUUUAGGAUAAAAGUCACCAACAGGUGCAUUUAGUAGUGUUAUAUUACCAAUAUAAUAAAACAGAUGGUUUUUCAUUCCUUUGUAGGGAUUGAAUUACAAUAACGUUAAAAAUAUUAGAAUUAAAACCAUUUUUACAACAACUGAAUCAACAAUAUAGUAUACUUAUGGCACAUGUAAAUUUUAAUAUAGAUUUAAUAUAGGGGAUGAAAGUGAAACUCCAAAUAGACAUUCUUAGGUUUGGGUUGCUUAUUAAUUUACAAAUACAUAUAAAGCACUUGAAUGUUUCAGCAUUAGAACAAGUCGUAAGCAUCUUCAAAAUUUAUCUAUUGUGCCUCCAAUUUAUUUUGAACUGGUUUCAUUAAAUGCAAUUUAUACUGCAUCAGGAAAUUAUAAUUACAUUGUAAAUAAAUCAAUUAUGCCUCUUUAUAUGAUUAUUUAAAUUACUUGUCCAAAUGGAAAGAAGAUCUUAGCAGAUUUUAAUAAAUGUAAUUCAUGUAGUAUCUAAAAAUCUUAUUCAUUUACAUUUAAUUGUUUUAGUCAAAUGAAUUACAUAGGUUUUUUUCCAAAAUUUAAAUAAGCAUUUCAACAAUACAAUUAAUUAAAAAUAAAUUUACAAUCUUCAUCACUAGAAAUUAUUCAAGUGCUUUAUGAUUAGAAAAUUACAGAAUAAACAAUAGUCAAAGUUUAGAUAGUAGAUUAAUGA